UAUAUAUAUAGUAAAAAAAUUCGAUGAGACUGUUGCUCGACACCCCUUCACUCAACGUGGGUCCACCCUUGGGAGAGAGAGUGGUUGAAAAAUGGCUUUUAAAAAAACUGUUUUUGGAAAGAGAAAUGACAGUGAAUCUGAUGUGGAUGGCUUGUCAGCUAUACCUAAUUGACUUAAAUCUUGUUGUCUCGUGGGUGGUAACAAACUAAUAAUUUCACUUCGGACAAUGAUAGGGGGGUCAUAAGAUUCCUACAAGGUUCGGUGUGUAGUUAGAAAAAUAGGGACAAAUUAGAGGGGUUUUAUGUUCCCCUAUUUAAAUUGUUGCUAAUAUUGUUUAUAUGUUCUUUCCCCGCAAAUUCUGUCUGCUAGCAUCUUAUAAUUGAAUUUCAGCCCUCAAACUGUUUGUAUAUCUUAAAACCUUAGCCCCAUAAUCCUCAAAUUUUCUUUUCCCAUUCACCACAUUGGUAUUAUGGUGCACAUCUUAAAGAUGUAUUUAAUCUAAGCUUUGAUCUCUAACAUUGAUGUGUAUUUAUGUUGAUUGAUUCUGGUGAUUUUCUAUUCGUUUUUGGAAGAUAAGGUCCCUAUUGUGCUUUUGGUGUUUUAAGAAUAAGGAGAUGCCUGUGAACCUAACAUUCCAUUUUGUUUAAAAUGUGGAGAAAACUUAAGAUUCUUUGAAUAGUGUGUGGCAGGAAGUCAGCGCAGAUUCAGAGCCUGCUAUCUUAUAACCCAACUUGUAGAAUUUUCCUUGUGAGGACCAUUUUAUCUUUGCCAAAAUGGACAAACUACAUACUGCAAUCUGUGCUUUUAAUAGAAAAUACCAUGUUUGGAAAUUUUGCUUGAAUGCGAUGCCAUUAUAAAUUCUCUUUUCCAGAAAAAGUGAAGGGAAAGGAUGAGUUUUGUUUAUUCAUUAAGAAACUGUGUAGUCCUAUAACGGCUCUACCCGUCAUAUCCAUGCCAACCUAGUUUCCACACCACCACUUGCAGUUUUCCUUGUUGUGCUAUGUCUUCUUCCUAAUGCGCAGCAGCACACAUUAACUGCUUCAUAGUCCUUGGUAUAUUGAUCCCUCAAAAGGACUCAAAUUCUGCUCCAAGGCGGACGUUCUUCACUAUCUUAGCAGUGUUGACAGUAAUUGUUCUAAGAGUUCUAAUACGAAGGAAAUGGAGAAUAAAGGCACCAAUAAGUGUUUUAUUGAGAAGACUGCAUCAGAAGGGUUGCCACCAGGAUGGAUUAAGGAAUUGAAGGUCAGGAAAAAGGGACGCAAAAUCAGGAAAGACCCGUAUUAUAUUGAUCCUGUCAGUGGACAAACUUUCCGCUCUUUGAAGCAAGUUUCUCGGUUCCUUGAAACUAGAGAGCCAGGAAGGUUUGAAUCCAAGCCCGAUGAUAAAUGUCCUGACACAUUAGAACUUGAAGAACCUUCUUCUUUGUUUCCUGCUGAAGCUGACGAGCAGAUAUCACUAGACUGUGAUGCAUCUUGCAAGGAAGUUAAUUCGAACCAGAAGCUGAAGUUGGGUGCUGAACAUAUGGCACAUUCCAGUUGUGUAGAAGGCAGUAUGUCAUCCUGUGAAGGUUUAGGAGAUGCUGUAGCAGAGAAUGCGGCAGAGGAGAAAAUUGAUAAAGUUGUUUCAGAUCCUGCUAUUGAAGAACAUCGAGAAAAGGACGAUGAUGGGGAAGUUGUCUCGAAUACUGUUAGUGGAGGACAUCAAGAAAAGGAGGAUAUUGGUAAAGUUAUCUUGGCUACAGCAAGUGGAGAGCAUCAAGAGGAGGAUGAUGAUGGUAAAGUUAUCUCGGCUACAGCAAGUGGAGAACAUCAAGAAAAAGAGGAUGAUGGUAAAGUUGUCUCGAAAACUGUAAAUGGAGAAAAUCAAGACAAGCCAUCACUAGACGGAGUGGAAAAGCAUGACCAGAAAACAUUUCAACGGAAAAGAAAAAAGGGUAUGAACAUGCCUAGCAGAGCAUCAAAACGGCUUGCUGGUAUUAAAGCUGAUACAUCUCUUAAGCUCCAAACAAAUGAUCAAACCCAGCUAACUUCAGUUAGACAGCAGGAGGGGACACAAGCUGCCACCUCCGAUAACCCUUUGAAUUUUACUAAUACCAGUAAGCAUGUUGCAAGUACAGUAACUGGUAUAACCAUCAACAAGAAGGUAGAAACUGGGAAUCUGACCAUUAAAAGGAAACAACAUCUUGUUACUUCACCACAAACGGAGGGAGAGAAGAAGCCUUCUCCAGCUGAACCUGCAAAAACUGUCCUUGCUAGCUGUGAUGUCGAUAAGAAAGGUGAAACAGCUCUUGAAUCAUCUUUAAGUGAUCUUUGGACGGACCCGUGCAUAGAAUUUGCUAUAAAAACUCUAACCGGUACAAUUCCAGUCAUAAACGAAAAGAAACUGGAUGAGAUCCCGGGUUCUAGUUCUAGCAAGCCCUCUGUUAAUACUCCUUCCUCUGUGGGCUUACCUUCUGAUGAAAUAUGGGCAGAUCCUUGCUUCAUGUUUGCUGUCAAGACUCUUACUGGUGAAAUACCGAUAGGGGACGAGUUAUGCUCUCAGAAGAUAGUCCAGCAGCAAUGCACUUCAUCACCAAACAUCAGAUUUGAAGAGUUUGGCCAGGCUAAUCUACCGCGCUAUGCAGCACCAGAAAUGUCUUCAUACAAGCAACAGCCUGCAGUAGCCCCUAAUGCAUACCAGAAUCGUUGGUUCGCUAAAUUCGGUUCUCAUCGGCCUUCACCACUUUGUUAAGAAUGAUCAUAUGGUAGAUUGUAACUUAAUGUUAGGAAGUUCAGCCUAGCUUGUAGUAGUAUAUCAUUAUAUAAACUAAAGUGCCUGAGCUAACACAGGCUCAAAUUUUUAAGCAGUAAAAACUAUAAUGUAAAAACAUUAAUCACAUCUGUGUAAUUUUUGUCGUAAAACACUUAUAUAAUAUAAAUUUGAAAACUUUUUCAA